AUGUCAAAAACAACUCACAUAGCAGUUAUUCCAAGUCCUGGUUUCAGUCACUUAGUCCCAAUAGUAGAAUUCUCCAAAAGAUUAGUCACAAACCACCCAAAUUUUCACAUCACUUGCAUCAUUCCCUCACUUGGGUCUCUACCUGAUUCCUCAAAAUCAUACCUUGAAACAAUUCCACCAAACAUAAACUCCAUCUUUCUCCCACCAAUCAACAAACAAGACUUACCUCAAGGAGCAUACCCUGCAAUCCUAAUUCAACAAACUGUAACACUCUCUCUACCAUCAAUCCAUCAAGCCUUAAAAUCCUUGACCUCAAAAGCACCUUUAGUUGCUAUAAUUGCUGAUGCUUUUGCAUUUGAAGCACUAGAUUUCGCAAAAGAGUUCAAUUCUUUGUCUUUUCUUUACUUCCCUUGUUCGGCUUUUGUACUUUCACAUGUUUUACACUUUCCAAAACUUGAUCAAGAGGUUUCAUGUGAAUACAAAGAUUUACAAGAACCUAUAAAGUUACAAGGGUGUGUACCAAUCAAUGGUAUUGAUCUUCCAACACCAACACAAAAUAGGUCAAGUGAAGCUUACAAAAUGUAUCUUCAGCGUGCAAAACACUUGCAUUUUGUUGAUGGAAUCCUUUUUAAUAGCUUCUUUGAAUUGGAAUCAAGUGUUAUAGAAGCAUUGGAACAAACGGGUCAUGGAAAAAUCAGUUUUUUUCCUGUGGGACCCAUUACACAGAUAGGGUCAUCUAAUAGUAAUGAUGUUGAUGAUGAAUUUGAAUGUUUGAAAUGGUUGAAAAAACAACCACAGAAUUCUGUUUUGUAUGUUUCUUUUGGAAGUGGUGGAACACUCUCUCAAAAGCAAAUCAAUGAGCUAGCUUUUGGUUUGGAGUUGAGUGGUCAAAGAUUCAUUUGGGUUGUGAGAGCACCAAGUGAUUCAGUUAAUGCUGCUUAUCUUGAAACUACAAAUGAGGAUCCUUUGAAAUUUCUACCACAAGGAUUUUUGGAAAGAACCAAAGAAAAAGGUUUGAUUUUGCCAUCAUGGGCACCUCAAGUUGAAAUACUUAAGCAAAAUUCAGUUGGUGGAUUUUUAAGUCAUUGCGGUUGGAAUUCGAUUUUGGAGAGUAUACAAGAGGGGGUGCCAAUAGUAGCUUGGCCUUUAUUUGCAGAACAAGCCAUGAACGCUGUUAUGUUAAGUGAUGGUCUUAAAGUGGCACUGAGGUUGAAAUUUGAAGAUGGUGAAAUUGUUGAAAAGGAAGAAAUUGCAAAGGUGAUUAAGUGUGUCAUGGAAGGAGAAGAAGGGAAAGGAAUGCGGGAAAGAAUGAAGAAAUUAAAAGAUUCUGCUGUUAAUGCACUGAAAUAUGAUGGUUCUUCGGUACAGACUUUGUCUCAGUUGGCUAAGAAAUUGGAAAUUUUUGGUGGGAUAUAG